GGCCGGGAGGCGCGCGGGGAGAGCACAGCGCAGCGCGGGGCGAGCGGGCGCAAGCGGCGGGCGGCGUCGGCGUCUGUGCCUGGACCGGCGGGGCUGCGCUGAACCCCGCUUUCCCCAGCGAACUACCACUGCGCUUGCCCGCGUCCCGGGAGCUCCCGGGCCCGUCCGUGUGCUCCCAGACAGCUCCGGCCGCUGCGCUCCUGGCCCGCGAGGCGCGGCACUGUCUCGGCUGCCCACCGGGAGGUAAGAGGGCCGGCCCGGCGCGCCAGGGCUGCGCUGACCGCCCGAGCCUCAGAGAGAAGAGGAAAACCGGGGUCCGGCGCCUCCACGCGUCACAGGGAAAACGGUACCGUCAUUGGCUUCUGUUUGUCUGUCCACUCUGUGCUGUGCAGUUCGUCUGUCUGUCUGUCCACAAGUCUGUUGAUGGGCACACGCCCCUGUCACUGUCCCCUGUGAGAUUUCUCUGAGAACGUGUGUCCCUUUGCAAGCGGCAGGUGCCGGGGGGCGCCGGUGUGCCUGGAGAGCAUGCGGCGGGGGGCAGAUCGCUGCUUUCCGUAGAGUCCUCCCGUCUGAAUGGCUCGGGGGUCUUGCGCCCAGGACGGUGUCUCUCCGAGGAGGGACUGCUCCGAGGGUCGGGUCCCGGAGUCCAGCCGACAGGGAGCCGGCUCACGCUGUGCACUAGUGGGCGUGCGCCUGGCAACAGGUCUGCGCCCAGCUGCUCGGUCCUCAGCGCGGUCCGCCUUCUGGUUUUCCCCUCCGCCUCCCGCUGUCACCUCGCUCGCGCGCUCCCGGACAGCGCUAGGCACCCAGCGUGGCGCUGGCACGGGACAGGGUGGAGGCAACAGAGUGUUAGAUGACAUGGGGGCCCCUGCUGAUGUUCAGACUGAGAUUCCAGACGUGGCAUCGCUGGAAGAGGGUUUGGUGAUCCCUGGCAAGGGCCGUCUGCUCCAAGAAGGGUCAAAUUAGGUUGGGAGGAAAGGCAGGGACCUGGCGGAGCGCAGGCCAGGGCCCAGGCCAGGUCUCCAGCUCGCCAGAGACUUUCUGGAAUGGCCCCGGCGGGACGCAUGUGCUGCUGAGGAAGGAGAUCAGGGAGUCCGAGGUCCUGGCCACAGACUCACCCUCGGCGCCCACCGCCGUUCCGCGAGGGUCCAACACGCCGGCCGUCCCGGGCGCGCCUCCAGCAACCUGGUUUGAGGUCCCGAGUCCUGCUCCGUGCAGCCAACGCUGCCCACAGGUGAGAACUCCCUUUUCAAAGUAACCUUUUGAUGUGUGAGCCAGUGCCUGGCUGCAGCCCCGUCCCGGAGACGGUGAGCCCUGGAGCCAGUCUCUCCAUUCCGGCGGUCUGGAGCGAGAUGCCGGGCGCGCCCGGGGGCGGGGAGCCGCGGCUCUGGGUGCCCAGGCGCGGCGCCACCAUGGACAGCUCCCAGCCGCUUCCUCCACGCCGGCUGUGUGGCCCCGGGUCUGGGGAAGUCGCCGCUUGGCUCCCAGACUCGGCGUCGGGGCGCAGGGCAGCAGGAGAGGGAAGCUGGGCUGCGGGAGCUCUCGGUGUCGUGCCCCGAGGGGCAUGAGCCGCUCGGGAGGUUGAAGGGAGCCGGUGGUUUGUGGCCGGUCCUAGGUCAGCCUGCCGCUGGGCUCUGGACGGGACCUCCGGUCUGGUGCCGCGGGGGACUCCCCUGGCUUUUCAGUGGCACCGCGGGACCCCUCAAAGGUUUUAUAAAUGUGCCACGCUGAGCAUCCGAUUGAGGCGGUGAGAGAGCGCCAGACUUAAUUAGGGACCCCUCGGGCUGCUCUCUGUGCCCGGCGCGUGGUCAUGUUCUGUUUUCUUGAAUUAUCUAGUAAAUACGAUAUGGGGAGCAUCUAUCUGUUUCACAGUUACAGUGACAGAGUGGAGAAGAAUCUAACAGAACAGGUUCAUGGAGAAUGUGUUGGGAGGCAAUUGCGAAAGCAAGAAUGCUGUUUUCUGAUCCUCAUCUUUUCCUCCGAGGUGCAUAACACUCGUAAGGAGGCUUCCAGUUCCUCCUCGUUAGCCCAGGAGAUGAAUUUUCAAGUUAGUUGCUUGGAAACCGUGUGGAGAGAACCCGCAGGGGUUCCUCCGUGAAAACAAACAUCUGCCUCUUCUGCUCAGAAACGGCAUUGGCUGGAGCUCUCCUUGUUUUCACCUCCACGUACACAGGAGUGUGUAUCUUUCUUCACUUUAAAAUUGCGAGAGAUUCAGAGGGUCUUUUGUCUGUGAUCGAUGAAGUUCCAUGGAGAGUAAAAACAAUCAUCUUUUUUUGGGUGGGGGGGGAGACAGUGUGUGUGACUUGUCAAAAGUUGCCUGUAAAGUGGGGACCAAAAAAAUCUACGUUGCAGACGCAGAUGAGAAUUAGGUAGUGCCAGGUAGAACGCUCAGCCCAGAGCUGAGCCCAGAGGAAGCUCUUAAAAGGGGAACGAUUACAGGUGUAUUUUCAAGACCGUUGUGUGUUUCUUUUGAAUUGUGCUCCCAGCCCUCUGCUCUCUCCCCUAACCCAGUAUUUGUUUCGUAGGGACUCCAUCUCCACUUUAUUUUCAUGUCCGAGAACUCAUUGGUGGAACUGAGGAAGGUGCUGAAGCUGACCGCAAUGCCAAAAAAAAAACAAAAACAAAAACAAAAACGAAAACAAAAAACCUUAUCCAAAGAUAAAUGGAAGAAUUUUUGUGUGAGAUGAAUCAGUCGUGUGUUUUUUCCCACCCCUGCCACUUGGAGGAAAGAUGAAAUCAGAAGUAAUCUUGGCCCCCUCCAUCUGAAAGGAGAGGAGCUCAAGGAUGCCGUCUGCAGAUGCUGGGAGUCUGUCUGCGACUUUCGUCUACCCGGUGAUGUGAACGGAGCAGGGGGACCUGGCUGACCUUGACGUCCUGGCGUUCUGCUCGGGACUCCCGUGCAGGUUCUGGUUCCAGCACACACGGCUUUCUGGUGACAAGCCCAGGACCCCAGUCGGCUGUGGCCGGGACGGCCUGAGGGAGGAUCCAAGACCAUGGGCUGGUGUGCGAUGGUGGGCAGCCUCGCUCCUUCCUGCUUCUGCUCCAGCCUCCCCUUGUCCCCGCGAGGCCUGGCAGACUCAAGGACGAGCAGCCGCUGGCCCCGGGGAUGCUGAGCUUCUGGACCACUUGCUUGUUAUCGCAAAGACGCGUGGAACAUCCCAAAGUGCAGGCCUUAGAAAAAGCAUGCCAGGCUCUCCUCCCACACGGGUCUGCUGAGGGCUCCCCGCACCCUUGAAGGAGCAGCCUACUCGGGCCAUCAGCACCCAGCAUGGCCAGUGGUCAGCAUCCCUGCCAACAGCCUCCCCGGAGACUUGCAGCACCGCCAGCCAGUGCGCCCUCCCAGGCCCUCGACAGCAGGGAGCCAACUCGAGUCAGGAUCUUGUCAGCAGGCAGGCCGAGUCCCAUCUCCCAUCUCCACAAGGCUCUUCGUGGCCAACUGGGGAAGCUGCCCUCCCUUGGCGAGAAGUCCCCAGUGAAGUUUGAGACCCUUUUGGGAUUCCCCUCAACAGAAGGUUUCCAGGGUUUCUGUGCUUGGGCACUGGAAGCUGCCCACGGGCGAGACCGCACGGGGGAACAGCCCCAGCGAUGCGGCACUCGCUUCUACGGCCGGAGGGCUCUCUGCUGCCCAUGGCUCGGACAUGGCAUGCUCUGAGACAGCACGAGGCCUCUUUAACGUUAGGAACGAGAGGUUUCGAGCGCUGUUCCUUCCAGUGGAAUUGUUUUUACGUCUGUCCAGAAGGUACUUUUUUUCUGUCUUUGGAAUGACCAGUAAUGUACUCAGAAGCAUUCAGAGCUGCAGUGUCCCCACGUGCCAGCCUCCCACGGCGCACACUGGGAGUCGAGGCCCACGAAGGAGAUGCCUUGACGGGGGUCACCGGACCCAGACUGUCCUCCGCACCCUGUCACCUCCAGCCUCAGCAUCUGUCACAUGACUUUACCAGGCAAAGAUGCCGGCUCGUGGCCCAAAAGUCCAGCUUCCCUUACGAGGAGCCCCACGGCCGUUCGGGGCUUCUCGGCAGCAGGCAGCAAACUGUGUUUGGCUUUUCUAAACAGAUUGAGACUUGAGAGCAGGGCCCUGGCCUUCCCCUGAGGACCACGGGACACUCCUGUCCCUGGCGUGCCCUCGUUUCCACUGCAAAGAGCGUGAAAGCCGACACUUCUCUCUCGGGGCCGUGGGAAAGGCGCCGUUCCAGGCGCUGUGAUGCUCGACUGCAGCAAUCGGCCAAAGCCGCUAGAAUGGGCCCUGUUGUUCUCUGCGGAUCAGGCCGGGCCAGGCUGGGUGCCCCAUGAGAGGACCCCGCUGGCCUCGAUUCUAAGAGUAUCGUUUCCUCCCUUGGCCGGCCCGGCACACCUGGGCGUGGGGACCACGUGGAGGCCCGGUUGCUCCCGUGCAGCCCCCUCGCCUGCCCAGCUCCUUGGGCUCCUACAAAGCCCUUCACCCGAGCUGGAAGGGAGCGCUGCCAGGAUGGGAGCUGCCCGCGGCUGGCAGGACUUCUGCUUCAAGGCGAUGCUGACCCUCAGCGGGCUCCUCCUGGCCCACUUCCCUGGGGCCGUCUCCACAGCGGCAUCUGAGUGUCCUGACCGGGACCCCAAGCUGCAGCCCUGGAGCCCCGGCCACAACCAGGACCACCGUGUGCACAUUGGCCGGGGCAGAACACUGCUGCUCACCUCUUCUGCCACGGUCCACUCCAUCCACAUCACAGACGGAGGAAAGCUGGUCAUUAAAGACCACGACGAGACAAUUGUUUUGCGCACCCGGCACAUCUUGAUUGACAACGGAGGAGAGCUGCAUGCUGGGAGUGCCCUCUGCCCUUUCCAGGGCAAUUUUAGCAUCGUUUUGUACGGAAGGGCUGACGAAGGUCUCCCACCGGACCCUUACUACAGCCUGAAGUACAUCGGGGUCGGCAGAGGAGGCACCCUCGAGCUGCACGGACAGAAGAAGCUCUCCUGGACAUUUCUGAACAAGACGCUGCACCCGGGCGGAAUGGAGGAGGGCGGCUACUUUUUUGAAAGGAGCUGGGGUCACCGUGGCGUCAUCGUUCAUGUCAUUGACCCCAAAUCAGGGGCCGUCAUACAUUCUGACCGGUUCGACACCUACAGCUCCAAGAAGGAGAGCGAGCGCCUGGUCCAGUCCUUGAAUGCCGUGCCUGACGGCAGGAUCCUGUCCAUUGCCGUGAACGAUGAGGGAUCUCGAAACCUGGAUGACGUGGCCCGGAAGGCGAUGACCAGACUGGGCAGCAAGCACUUCCUACACCUUGGGUUCAGACACCCGUGGAGUUUUAUAACUGUGAAAGGAAGCCCCUCUUCUUCUGUCGAAGACCACAUUGAAUAUCAGGGACACCGCGGCUCCGCGGCGGCCCGGGUGUUCAAAUUGUUCCGGUCGGAGCACGGCGAGCAUUUCAACGUCUCUUCCUCCAGCGAGUGGGUUCAAGAUGUGGAGUGGACGGAGUGGUUCGAACAUGACAAAGUGUCGCAGACUAAAGGUGGGGAAAAAAUUUCAGACCUGCGGGCAGCUCACCCAGGAAAGAUCUGCAAUCGUCCCAUUGAUAUACAGGCCACGACGGCGGACGGAGUGAACCUCACCACCGAGGUUGUCUACAAAAGAGGCCAGGAUUAUAGGUUUGCGUGCUACGACCGGGGCCGACCCUGCCAGGGCUACCGGGUGCGCUUCCUCUGCGGGAAGCCUGUGAGGCCCAAGCUCACCGUCACCGUCGACACCAACGUCAACAGCACCAUCCUGAACCUGGAAGAUGACGUGCGGUCGUGGAAGCCUGGAGACACCCUGGUCGUCGCCAGUACCGAUUACUCCAUGUACCAGGCAGAAGAGUUCCAGGUGCUCCCCUGCAAGGCCUGCGCCCCCAACCAGGUCAGAGUAGCAGGGAAGCCAGUGUACCUGCACAUCGGGGGGGAGGUGGACGGCGUGGACAUGCGGGCCGAGGUCGGGCUCCUGAGCCGCAACAUCGUGAUCAUGGGGGAGAUGGAAGAUGAGUGCUACCCCUACACGAACCACAUCUGCAACUUCUUCAACUUUGAUACCUUUGGGGGCCACAUCAAGUUCGCGCUGGGGUUCAAGGCGGCCCACCUGGAGGGCGUCGAGCUGAAGCACAUGGGCCAGCAGCUGAUGGGCCAGUACCCGAUCCACUUCCACCUGGCAGGCGACGUGGACGAGAGGGGAGGCUACGACCCGCCCACGUACGUCAGGGACCUGUCCAUCCACCACACGUUCUCUCGCUGUGUCACUGUCCAUGGCUCCAACGGCUUGUUGGUCAAGGACGUUGUGGGAUAUAACUCUUUGGGCCACUGCUUCUUCACGGAAGAUGGGCCGGAGGAACGCAACACCUUUGACCACUGCCUUGGCCUCCUUGUCAAGGCUGGAACCCUCCUCCCCUCCGACCGCGACAGCAAGAUGUGCAAGACGAUCACAGAAGACUCCUACCCGGGGUACAUCCCCAAGCCCAGGCAGGAUUGCAAUGCUGUGUCCACCUUCUGGAUGGCCAACCCCAACAACAACCUCAUAAACUGUGCUGCUGCAGGGUCUGAGGAAACCGGGUUUUGGUUCAUCUUUCACCACGUCCCGACGGGCCCCUCGGAGGGGAUGUACUCGCCCGGCUACUCAGAGCACAUUCCACUGGGAAGAUUCCACAACAACCGGGCGCAUUCCAACUACCGGGCUGGCAUGAUCAUAGACAACGGGGUGAAAACCACAGAGGCCUCUGCGAAGGACAAGCGGCCCUUCCUCUCCAUCAUCUCUGCCAGAUACAGCCCUCACCAGGAUGCCGACCCGCUGAAGCCUCGGGAGCCCGCCAUCAUCAAGCACUUCACUGCCUACAAGAACCAGGACCACGGGGCCUGGCUGCGCGGCGGGGACGUGUGGCUGGACAGCUGCCGGUUUGCUGACAAUGGCAUCGGCCUGACCCUGGCCAGUGGUGGAACCUUCCCAUACGACGACGGCUCCAAGCAGGAGAUAAAGAACAGCCUGUUUGUUGGUGAGAGUGGCAACGUGGGGACAGAGAUGAUGGACAACAGGAUCUGGGGCCCAGGCGGCUUGGACCACAGUGGAAGGACCCUUCCCAUAGGCCAGAAUUUUCCAAUCCGAGGAAUCCAGUUCUACGACGGGCCCGUCAACAUCCAGAACUGCACGUUCCGCAAGUUCGCGGCCCUGGAGGGCCGGCACACCAGCGCCCUGGCCUUCCGCCUGAACAACGCCUGGCAGAGCUGCCCCCACAACAACGUGACCAGCAUUGCCUUUGAGGACGUCCCGAUUACUUCCAGAGUGUUCUUCGGGGAGCCUGGGCCCUGGUUCAACCAGCUGGACAUGGACGGGGACAAGACGUCAGUGUUCCAUGAUGUCGACGGCUCCGUGUCUGAGUACCCGGGCUCCUACCUCACCAAGGAUGACAACUGGCUGGUCCGGCACCCAGACUGCAUCGACGUCCCGGACUGGAGAGGGGCCAUCUGCAGCGGGCGCUACGCACAGAUGUACAUUCAGGCCUACAAGACCAGCAACCUGCGAAUGAAGAUUAUCAAGAACGACUUCCCCAGCCACCCUCUCUACCUGGAGGGCGCCCUGACCAGGAGCACCCACUACCAGCAGUACCAGCCGGUCGUCACUCUGCAGAAGGGCUACACCAUCCACUGGGACCAGACAGCCCCCGCCGAGCUCACCAUCUGGCUCAUCAACUUCAACAAGGGCGACUGGAUCCGGGUGGGGCUCUGCUACCCCCGGGGCACCACCUUCUCCAUCCUCUCGGAUGUUCACAAUCGCCUGCUGAAGCAGACGACGAAGACGGGCACCUUCUCGAGGACUUUGCAGAUGGACAAAGUGGAGCAGAGCCAUCCCGGCAAGAGCUACUACUACUGGGACGAGGACUCAGGGCUGCUGUUCCUGAAGCUGAAGGCUCAGAAUGAGAGAGAGAAGUUCGCCUUCUGCUCUGUGAAAGGCUGUGAGAGAAUAAAGAUAAAAGCUGCCAUCCCCAAGAACGCGGGCAUCAGCGACUGCACAGCCACCGCCUACCCCAGGUUCGCCGAGAGGGCCGUGGUGGACGUGCCGAUGCCCAAGAAGCUCUUCGGGGCUCAGCUGACGAAGGACCACUUCCUGGAGGUGAAGAUGGAGAGCUCCGAGCAGCCCUUCUUCCACCUGCUGAGCAACUUCGCCUACAUUGAAGUGGAUGGGAAGCGGUACCCCAGCACAGAAGAUGGCAUCCAGGUGGUGGUGAUUGACGGGAGCCAAGGGCGUGUGGUGAGCCAUGCCAGCUUCAGGAACGCCAUUCUCCAGGGUAUCCCCUGGCAGGUCUUCAAUUACGUGGCAGCCAUCCCUGACAACUCCAUAGUUCUCAUGGCGUCCAAGGGAAGAUACAUCUCGAGGGGCCCGUGGACCAGAGUGCUGGAGAAGCUCGGGGCAGACGAGGGCCUCAGGCUGAGAGAGAAAAUGGCAUUCAUCGGCUUCAAAGGCAGCUUCCGGCCCACCUGGGUGACUCUGGACACUGAGGACCACAAGGCCAAAAUCUUCCAAGUUGUGCCCAUCCCCGUGGUGAGAAAGAAGAAGCUGUAAGCGGCUGCCUCCUUGGUGCCCCCAUGGGGGACCGUGACGGUGGACUCUGGCAGCAGACUAGGGAGGGCAAUGGCUGGUUCCCCCGGCCCCAUCCAGCAGCUGCUGGAAGGGCCACGUGUCAGCCCUGAUGGGCCCUGCCGGAGACCCUACUGCUGCCACCUGCCCUGCUCAAGCGUCUACCUGCAGCCCCGGGACAGUGUUGGCCAAUGCCGGAACCUCUUUCCUGCAGCCUCUUGGGUGCUGCUCUCCUCUCUGUGCCUCUUCAGUGGGUGUGUGGGGACCACGAGGAGACCUGGGCUGGCAGCAAGGUCCACUUUGGCAGGAGUCCUGCCCUGGUUGGGAGGCGGCCCGGGGGCCAGGUCAUUCACAGACCCCCUGCUCUCCAACACGCACCUUACGGUGGUAGAUGUAGGACAAAGAGCCCCAGCCGCAAGGAGUCUUUGUUCCUGUCUGUAAGCAAGAGCCCACUGCCACAGGACCAGGGGCUGCUGUGCAGGCAGAGCCGCCAGGCUGGAACCGUCUGCCCCUGGGGACGGUGAGCCCUGCCCUGGUGGGGUCAGCCUCUCAGGAGAUGUCAUGUAGGCAGAGCCGUCGGCCCCUGGGGACAGCAAGCCCUGCCCUGGCGGGGUCAGCCUCUCAAGGGACAUCAGGUCCCAGGUGGGAGUCGGACCAGCCAACUUUUAAAGGCCUCUCAGUUCUGAGAUUCCUGGAGGCUGUGGCUUUUCCCAUCAAACCUGGAACCCAGCAGUGGGUGAGGACAUCCUUCUCAGCCAACAUCCGUGAUGCUGGCACCCCGGGGGGGCCUACAGGAUGGAGGGUGAGAAGUAAUGCCUAGGGUGAGGAGCUGGCAAUCUGAGAGGACAGCAGGCAGGUGUACGUGCCCUCUGAUGCUGAGCAGAGAGCAUGAAGAGAGGCCAGAUGGGGACCAAUGACAGUUGAGGAGGGGAAGGUUUUCCCGUGCAUGGGUGGGCCAGGAGGGCGACGGGGCUGGCAGGAAAAGUGGGCAGAGACCGCGCAGCCACUGGAGCGGUUCAGGGUUGAGCCCUUCCUCCCAGCUGCUGAGGCCGAGUGGCUGCAAGGUCACCCUCUGCCCUUGAUUUGCUGGCUCUCAGAAGGGAGCAGCAGAGACGGUGCAUCAGGAGACCCACUCCCAGAGCACUGGGGAAUCUGGUCCCCAGCCAACCCCAGCUGACUCCAAGGGAGGGCGGAGCCAAGUUGAGGGAAGCGAGCUACUACUUUGGGGCCUCAUUUGGCUGUUCCUCAGGGACCAGGGAGCACUCUGGGGGACCCGAGAACAUGCUCAUACUUUGGUGAGCCUAGGGUUUCAGAGCUGAAAAGGACCUUAGGAACUAUCUAGUGCAAAGCCUUCCUUUCACAGAGGGGGCACAUGAGACCCUGAGAUGGGGAAGAACCACACGGCCACGGCAGGGCCAGGACGGGAGCCCCACUCCCAGCACUUGCUGCCACACCACACUGCCUCAAUCGCCCGCCCAGGGCGUCCGGGUGCUCCUGAGGGAGCUUCCCGAAACGGGAGCAAGUCUCCUGGCAGGGAAAAGUGAUCAGAAUAGAAAGAGAAUUGGCCGAUGACUGUUUCCCGCCCGGGCCUCUGCACACAGGGCUCUCUCCCCUGGGCUGUGGCCGCCCUGCAGCCUCCGCCUUGUCCACACUACCUGCCACCCCAUGGUGCACAGCGGCUGCAAUCACUGGUGCUAUCCGUCUGAGGUCUGCAGGUGCGGUCCCGGGGAGCAUCAGCAUGCUGGAGCGUUUCCGGUGAGCCAACCAGGCCACUCUUGGGCUGCCCCAGGCCCUCGCAGCUCCUGACAACGACCCUGCUCUCCCUGCCCCCCGGGACAGAGCGGAGGGGCUCCCAGGAGGAGGAGAGUCGCCCUGCAGUUGAUCCCGCCUCGUGAGGUGCCAGUGUCGCCCUGGGUCUCGUGAGGAACAACAUGUCCCCUUUCCUGUCCCCACCACAGACUCCUCCCUUCUGGGGGCUUCCUUCGCUCCCUCUGUCCAGCUGCACCCAUGAGACGCGGCCAGCGAGUCCGCUCCAGGCUGGACCAACUGCAGAGAGGAAUCCCCACCAAACAGGCCUGUCAGCUGCUUGGAGGUGAGGGGCUCUGCCUCUUGAGAUACGGCUGCUUCGAGGCCCUGAGCCCAGGAAGGACUCUUCAGGCAGAUCAGGGAGGAGGCGAUGGGGAGGAGAGUUAAAAUGACCUCAUGUUCUUGUCUAAGUUCUGUUGAGUUUUCCAAACUCUUCCAACGCGAGGGUCUCACACUGUGAACCACUGAGGAUGUGAUCACUUCAAGUGGCUGGGAAUGUCGACUGUCUUUGGUUCCUUCAUUUCAAAAAGUAUCUAUUUGAAAAUCCUCAGAGUUGUGCGUAUGUCUGACAGUGCAGGAUCUGUGCAUAAAACUUUCUUUUCUAUGCGAUUCGCCAAGAGCCGGUGUCCAGGCACGCUCUUGGUAGCAUACAUUUUUUUCCUUGCUUAGAAAAUUGUUCUCGUCAUUCUUUUCUGUCUGUGAGCACUAAAAUGAGUUAGGCCUUCAAGGAAGACAGCACUCCCCUGAAAUGCCUGUCUUUUUCCUGUUGCCGAAAUAGCUGGUCCUUUUUCGGGAAUUAGAUGUAUGGUGUGUUGUAUGUAAACAUUUCUUGUAGGUGUCACCAUGGACAAAGAUGUAUUUUCUAUUUAUUUAUUAUAUAUGCACUUGGAGAAGUCAUCGUCAGAGAAAUGGAGCAUUGUCUCAAUGUCAUGUCUGGGGAUGUCCUUUGGGUCACGUGAAGGCAUCUGCCCUGAGGCUGCUGCCUGCGGCGGGGAUAACUGGCUCUGAUCUGGAAAAUCUUGCCGUAUCAUAGUAAACAUACAAAGAAUGUCCUCA